UCAACCAGGCCAAACCCAUUUAUGGUGGCUGGCUGCUGCUGGCCCCGGAAGGAACGGACUUUGACAACCCUGUCCAUCGCUCCCGGAAAUGGCAGCGCCGGUUCUUCAUCCUCUACGAGCACGGGCUGCUGCGCUACGCCCUCGACGAGAUGCCGACAACCCUCCCGCAGGGCACCAUCAACAUGAACCAGUGCACGGAUGUGGUGGAUGGGGAGAGCCGGACAGGGCAGAAGUUCUCCUUGUGCAUCCUGACACCAGAGAAGGAGCACUUCAUCCGGGCUGAGAACAAGGAGAUCAUCAGUGGGUGGCUGGAGAUGCUGAUCGUCUAUCCCAGGACAAACAAGCAGAAUCAGAAGAAGAAGAGGAAGGUAGAGCCCCCAACUCCCCAGGAGCCUGGUCCUGCUAAGAUGGCUGUGACCAGCAGCAACAUCCCCAGUGCAGAGAAGGUCCCUGCCACCAAGUCCACGCUCUGGCAGGAAGAAAUGAGGGGCAAAGACCAAGUGGAUGGGGGCAGCGGCAUCAGCCCGGCACAGAGCCCCGUGCAAGGCCAGGCCGGGGCUGCCAGCUCCCUGAAGGAUCCUGUGCUGGACAGCAAGGAAGACGAGAGCUCCAUGAACGGAGACCGGAUAGACUGCGGGCGGAAGACGCGUGUCGAGAGCGGGUACUUUUCCUUGGAGAAGACCAAACAAGACUCGAAGCUGGAAGAGCAGCAACUGCCGCCCCCGCCGAGCCCGCCCAGCCCCAGCACCCCGAACAACAGGAGAUCCCAGGUAAUUGAAAAAUUUGAGGCACUAGAUAUUGAGAACGCGGAGCACAUGGAAACAAACGUGCCGGGAGGGGCUGCCCUUUCCAGCGAGACGCGGCAGGGCAGGAGCGAGAAGAGGGUUUUCCCACGGAAACGGGACUUCACUUGCGAAGGAGCGGCCGUGGGCUCCAUCCUGGACGUGUCUGCAUCUCCCCUGUCCCCACAUCGCCGGGCAAAGUCACUGGACAGAAGGUCCACGGAGUCCUCUAUGACGCCCGACCUACUGAACUUCAAGAAGGGCUGGUUGACAAAGCAGUAUGAGGAUGGGCAGUGGAAGAAGCACUGGUUUGUGCUGACUGACCAGAGCCUGAGAUACUACCGGGAUUCAGUGGCAGAGGAGGCAGCUGACCUGGAUGGAGAAAUCGAUUUAUCCACGUGCUACGAUGUCACUGAGUACCCAGUUCAGCGGAACUACGGCUUCCAGAUCCACACGAAGGAAGGGGAGUUCACCCUCUCUGCCAUGACCUCGGGCAUUCGCCGCAACUGGAUCCAGACCAUCAUGAAGCACGUUCGCCCCACCACUGCUCCUGAUGUAACAAGGAAAAACUUCUCUUUGAAACUAUCCGUGCUGAAGCCCAGGUUGGAAAACUGUGUUCUCUCCUGUAUUAACGUUCUGUGCUCGCUGCCGGAAGAGAAAAGCAAAACAAGCUCUUCCUUCGAGACUGGUCCGAAGCCGAGUGAGAAGCCAGAUGCGGAGCAAGCUGAGCUGGACCCGGAGCAGAAGCGGAGCCGUGCUCGGGAACGCCGACGAGAAGGACGGUCCAAGACCUUUGACUGGGCUGAAUUUCGCCCCAUCCAGCAGGCCCUGGUGCAGGAGCGUGCAAACGCUGCAGACUCCUCCAGUGGCGGCUCAGCCGCCUUCCCCAGGGACACCGGUGCCACCGACGCCGACCCGGGAGAGCUGGAGCGGGAGCGGGCCCGGCGGCGGGAGGAGCGGCGCAAGCGCUUCGAGAUGAUCGACACUGUGGACGGGGCAGGGUCGGAAGAGGCACUGAGGAUGGAGGUGGACCGGAUCCUGCCCGUCCCGGCAGACAUCAAACCGCAGAACGUGCACGUGGAGAUCGAGCAGCGCUGGCACCAGGUGGAGACCACCCCGCUGCGGGAGGAGAAGCAGAUCCCCAUCACGCCCCUGCACCUCGCCCACGCCGAGGACCGGGACGAGGGGCUGGCAAAGCAGCACCUGACCACGCUGCUGGAGAAGGAGCUGGAGCAGAAGCAGAAGGAGGCCCUGGAGCUCCUGGAGCAGAACCGGCACCUGCAGGACCAGCUGAAAGUGGCGCUGGGCCGGGAGCAGAGCGCCCGGGAGGGCUACGUGUUGCAGACCGAGGUGGCCGCCUCGCCAUCAGGUGCCUGGCAGAGGCUCCACAAAGUCAACCAAGACCUCCAAAGCGAGCUGGAAGCCCAAUGCCAGCGUCAAGAGGUGAUCAAUCAGCAGAUUCAGUCGCUGAAGCGCAGCUACGCCGAGGCCAAGGACGUGAUCCGGCACCACGAGGCCGAGAUUCAGAGCCUGCAGGCGAGGCUCAGUAACGCGGCGGCCGAGCUCUCCAUCAAGGAGCAGACCCUGGCCAAGCUCAAGAGCGACCUGAGGAGCGAGAAGGAGAAAGCCAAAGAGCAGCUGGAGGAGUGGCAGCACGGCGAGGCUGCGCUCAGCUCCCAGCUGAAGGCCAGUGAGCAGAAGCUGAAGAGUGUGGAGGCUCUGCUGCUGGAGAAGACCCAGGAGCUGCGGGACCUGGAGAUGCAGCAGGCCCUGCAGAGGGACCAUCAGAAGGAAGUGCAGCGGCUCCAGGACAGGAUCGCGGACCUCAGCGGGCAGCUGAACGCCAGCGAGCAGGCGCGGGUCCUCAUGGAGGAGAAGCUGCAGAAGAACUACGAGGCUUUGCUGGAGAGCUGUGAGAGGGAAAAGCAGGUUUUAAUACGGAGUCUGAAGGAGGUGGAGGACAAGGCCAACGAGUACGAGAACCAGCUGCAAAACAGCGCGCAGCAAAUGGAGAUUCUGCAGAAGGAGAAGCUGAGCGCCAAGUUCGAGGGCAGCGAGCUGGUCCACCAGCUGGAGGAGCAGCUGGCGAUGAAGGAGGCCAGCAUCCAGAAACUCGCCGAGCACAUCAAGGAGCUCGAAAGGGAGAGGGAUCAGAUCAAAUGUCGGUUCCACGAGCUCAUGAAUCAGGUUGCCGAGUCAGAUAACGAAGUUGCAAAGCUACAAGCAAAGUUGAAAAUGGAAGAGACCAACUACCACAACCUGGAGCAAUCGUUGGAGGAGGUGUCGGAUCAGUUCCGGGGUGUGCAGGAGGUGCUGAAAGAGAAAGAAGAAGAGCUGAGACAUGUCAAGGAAAUGCACUUGAGAAUUGUGGAGAAGAAAGAUCAAGAUCUCAGUGAGGCUUUGGUUAAAAUGGUUGCUUUAGAUAGCAGUUUAGAGGAGACUAAAGUAAAGCUAAAGGCCAAGGAGGAGGCUCUAAAGAAGUUAGCUAGUGUGGGCACAGGUCCAUGUGCUGAGGAGGCAGAAGACCUUGGUCCCAGUCUUGAGGCUGACGAAAGUCAUCCAUCUCAACUGGGGCUGGCUCUGCAAACUCAGGAUGUCCUCCCAGCUCUGACUUAUGCACUGAAAGAGGAGGAGGAUGAGGUUCUUGAGACCAGCCAGAGGCAAGCAGAGGAAUUCGGCUCCCCAUCCAAAGCUCUAGAGCUCCAGGACCAAGAGUUGGUUCAGAAAGCCUUAGCAAAGCCUGAUGUGGGAAUCAUGGGAGCCAAGAGGCAAAGGAUCCGUUUCUCAAGCAUCCAGUGCCAAAAAUACAUCCAUCCAGAUGGAACAGAGAAAAACUGGACAAGCAGUACCUCUUCAGACACGAGCCAGGACAGAUCGCUGUCUGAGGAAAGCAUGUCCUCAGAGCCAGCUCUGGGUUACCCCUCGUCAGGGACAAGCGACUCUGAGACUUAUCUCUCCAUCAUCCAUUCCCUGGAAACCAAACUGUAUAUUACAGAGGAAAAACUCAAAGAUGUCACCAUGAAGCUUGAAAGCCAGCAUGGCCAUAACCAGGAGACGCUCAUCGCCCUCCACCACCAGUGGGCCAGCACGGAGUCCCAGCUGCGGGAACAGCUUCAGACCAGCUUGUCCCAAGUCAGUGCUUUGAUCUCACAGCUGGAGAACGAGAGGCAGGAAAAGUUCAAGCUCAUAGAAAGUCACGUCAGCGAGCUGGGAGGUUUCCAAAUGAAAAACAAUCAAGCGCUGACUUGCUUAGAGAAGUGCAGGGAGCAACUAAGAGCCUUGCCCAAAUCAGACAAGGAAAAAGAGGGUGAUUUGUUCCUUGUUAAUCUGUCCAGCAUGGAAACGACGUUAUCAAACGCGAUCCAAGCCUUGAGCGGGGCGCCAGUCCCGUUGGAGUAUCAGCAGAGUGAAAGCCUUAUCACAGAAAGCCCCGCUCCAGAAGGAGAGGUUUUGGGAGAAGAGGAGCACGUCUCCAAGGAGCAGCGAGUGGAAGUGUUUGACGCCAGCCAGCUGAGAUGGCUUUCUGAGAGGGUGGCAUUUGAGGCCUCUCUCAUCAACCAAAUAGCAGAGUCUUUAAAAAAUGCAAACUCUGAGAUAGCCCAGCUUCUGAGAGAGAUCCAGGGAACAGCUGAGGUGGUUUUGUUGGAGCCAGCAAGUGUUUCUAAUACGGCCGUCGAUUUGGCCGGUGUCCUAUCUAAGAAGCUGCUGCUGGAAGGCGAGUUCUGGAGCCAGGUAGAGGAGCUGAGAGCACACUUGAGCACCAGAGACGGAGAAGCCGAGGACAAAACAGAAACAAGUUUGGGGGUUUCCCAGUGUUUUCUCAGUGCUGUAGCAGAUGCUACGUUGAUCAAGGCAGAACUUGGGUUUGUCGCACAGAAAAUGAGAGAAUCUUUUCAUCAGAGAUUAAAAACAAUUGAAGAAGACCUCCAUAAUACCAAAACAGCUCUCCAACAGCACAAAUGCAUGUUAGAGGAGAUCAUCAAAGCCUACAGGACUCCUGAGUUCGACAGAGUUAUGCACCAGAUUUCUGAAGCGCUUGAAAUACAAAAAGAUGCUUCAGAAAGAGCCCAAAUCUCCUGGGAUGGGAGUCAUGUCCAAAUGGUGUCAUGCCAGGAAUUAGCCAAGGUAGAGCAGACUGGCAGCAUGCCAGACCGUAGUAGUGGAGCUCUUGUCUCCAUUCAGGAAGAUCUUGCCCAACAACUAAAGGACAAAUCCAAUGUUCUGAAGGAGAUAUCUGUUGCCUUACUCUCUCUGCCUCCCGAGGAGGCAAUGAGAGACUGUCAAAAGCUCCUGAAGAUAUCCCAGAGUCUUUCCUACCAUUCGUGCAUGGGAGACCUGGAGCGGUAUUCCUCUUUGUUAGUCCACGAUGCAAUUGUUCAGGCUCAGGUUUGUUACGCCGCUUGCAAAGUCCGUCUGGAGCACGAGAGGGAGAUGAAGUCCUACAGGGAGUCCCUGCAGAGCAUGGACGCGCUGUGCCAAGAGCGUGUGAAGACGGUCUCUCUCCUGCGGGAUGAGUACGAAGACUUGCUCAGGAAGCAGCAGGGUGAGUACAGCGAGGUGAUCGCCGUGCUGGAAAGGGAGAACGCUGAUCUCAAAGCCAAGGUGUCCCAGCUGGACAGCCAGCGGAGGCUCCUGGAGGAGGAAGAGCACAAACACAGCAAGAGCUUGAGCGAGCUCCAGGGACGUUACGAGGAGGAGAUCCGGAACGUGAUAGAGCAGCUCAACAGGACAGAGGAUGCUCUGAAGGCUGAGAGGACCGAGGGCCUCAACCAGCUGGAUGCCAUUGUCCGCGACAAGCAGAACAUGGAGCGGUAUCACCUGGAGCAGAUGCAAACGCUGGAGGAAAAGUUCCAGGCCAAGAUCAAGGAGCUGCAGGUCAUCCACGGCGAGGAGCUGCAGGCAUUGCAGGAGCACUACAGCCAGAACCUGCAGCGCCUGCAGGAGACCAUCGAUGAGUACCAGAGGCAGCACCCAGAGGUGUCCCCUGCGGUGGUCCCGGGCACUGGGGACACCUGGGUGGCCGGCGAGGCGGGUGGCACUGGGCAGGACCCGGGCAGGGACCUGGACUCCAUGCACGGCCUGAGGGAACGCAUCCAGGAGCUGGAGGCCCAGAUGAACGUCAUGAGGGACGAGCUGGAGAACAAACAUAUGGAAGGGAGCGCUUCCACCUUGAGGGAAAAAUACCAGAAAGACUUUGAAAACUUAAAGGCAACAUGUGAAAGGGGCUUUGCAGCCAUGGAGGAAACACACCAGAAGAAGAUCGAGGACCUGCAGCGGCAGCACCAGCGGGAGCUGGAGAAGCUGCGGGAGGAGAAGGAUCGCCUGCUGGCAGAGGAGACAGCUGCCACCAUUUCAGCCAUCGAAGCCAUGAAGAACGCACACCGGGAGGAGCUGGAGCGAGAGCUGGAGAAGUCCCAGCGCUCCCAGAUCAGCAGUGUCAACGCCGACAUCGAGGCCCUCCGAAGGCAAUACCUGGAGGAGCUGCAGUCGGUGCAGCGGGAGCUGGAGGUGCUUUCGGAGCAGUAUUCACAGAAGUGUUUGGAGAAUGCCCACCUGGCGCAGGCGCUGGAGGCUGAGAGGCAGGCCCUCCGCCAGUGCCAGCGGGAGAACCAGGAGCUCAACGCUCACAACCAGGAGCUGAAUAAUCGCCUGGCUGAAGAGAUCACACAACUGAGGAGCCUGCUGAUGGGGGAGGGCGGGGGAGAGGCUGCUGGGUCGCCUCUCACGCAGGGCAAGGACGCCUACGAGCUGGAGGUCCUGCUGCGGGUCAAAGAGUCUGAAAUCCAGUAUCUGAAGCAGGAGAUCAGCUCCCUCAAAGACGAGCUGCAGACAGCACUGAGGGAUAAGAAAUACGCCAGCGACAAGUACAAAGACAUCUACACGGAGCUGAGCAUCGUGAAGGCCAAGGCAGACUGUGAUAUCAGCAGGUUGAAAGAGCAGCUGAAAGCAGCCACAGAAGCUCAGGGAGAGAAAUCCCCUGUGAACACCACUGUAUCGGGAUAUGAUAUUAUGAAAUCAAAAAGCAACCCUGAUUUCUUGAAGAAAGACAGAUCCAGUGUUAGCCGGCAACUAAGGAAUAUCAGGUCAAAGUCCGUUAUUGAGCAGGUCUCAUGGGAUAACUGAAAUGAACCCGAGUCCAGGUUCCCUGCCACGUAGAGUCUGAAGGAAGGCCUGACUGUGCAAGAACGCCUGAAGCUUUUUGAAUCCAGGGACUUGAAGAAAGACUAGUUCUCCCCGCUCCGCUUGACCACGCGCACCUCCCAGCUUGAGGCAGCACAGCACCAGCACCGUUUGUCUCUCGUUCCUUACGACUGUCCUUGCUGUCGUUCGUCUUGAGGCUCCCGACGGGACCCGGCGCCGCGGUGGUGCCCCCCCGCCGCCCCCUCGCCUCCCCGGCUCCUUUCCCUGCUUGUGAGAUGCUCCAGAGACUCUGAGAGAGAAAGAGAGAGAGAGGAAGGGAUUGGAUUGGGGGUUUUUCCCCCCUCUCUUCGGCGCUUUGUAGGAGAAUCCUUUCUUUACUGUAAACCAUUACACUAAGUGUCAGUAUUAAGGCUCAGUAGCCUGUUAAUAAGCUAUAGCUCUGUCGUACCGGCCGCUCUGGUGUGCAAGCAGGGCCUGGGUGGUGUCGGCCAGACUGAGCUCUUACUGCUGUCUAGAGACCCAGUGCUCAGAGCACGCCAGGAGCCUGAUCUAAUCAUUGAUCUCGACUGCAUUACUUGCACCUACAAGGGGGGAAAGCCCGGGGGAAGCUGUUGGGGAGCGCGAGUCUGGAGGUACAACACUGACAUCCCGCUGGAGAAGGAUACAAGAAGUGAUUCUCCUGCCCCGUGACUGUGCCGUAUCCUGAAUGUAGGUGCCACCGAAGCCUGGCGAGCUUUGGUGGCUGCCCAGGUGGUUUUGGAUAGGGAGCUGCAGCUACUGAAGUGCACCAAGUCUGCCCCGUCGGCGCGUCUUUGCUCCCGUCUCGCUGGUGGUCGGAGUUGGUGUUCCAGGGGCUGAGCUGUAAGAUCACUUUCUUGCCUCUGUUAGAUCAAGCCCAGCACUCUCUUUUUUUGCUGUUACUCCCUUCCUCUCAUUGAGUCCCGUGUAUCCCAGGGUCUGUGCGCAUGUGAAACUCCCUUUUCCUAGUCAAAGGAAAGUAGAGUAGAAAGUAGAGCCAAUAUUGACUGAAAAUGCACAGUGCUCAAUGCGUAUAAUGCUCCUUUUUUAUCAGCUUCUUGAAUUCAACUCUUCUUGUCAGCAGGGCAGCUCCUAUUUUAAUUCUUUAAUCUUUUCCUGAAAUAAAAGUCUCAAAACCAGUAUGUGCUUCAGACCUUCUCAGUCCUAGUAGCUUUUGUAUUUAAAAUACACAGUUUAGCACCGUGAGGCCAAUAAAUGGAUACAAACCAAAAGUGAGUUGAGGAGCUGGUAGCACUAGAUGGUCGCAGCCAGCUGAGCAGAGGCUUCCUAGAAGAAGCCUGUGCUGUUUUGUAGCAGCUGCUCAGGUGUUGGGGCUUCAUCCCGGGCUAAAUUUCAAGAUGCCACCUGGAAAGCCCCCAGGUCCUGCCUCGCCACUCGCCAGGGCUGAAGGAGCUCUCCAGCACGUUGGCUUCCCAGCCCUGUUCAUGUGCCAAGUGAACUGCAUCACAUCAGGCUGGGAUGUUAAAGGUACAUCCUGGCCUUCACCAGGAGCAAAGAUUCCUCUUGUCCUUGGGCACUCAUCACAUGGUUGAGGCAGCUCUGUCUCCUUCCCUGCUGGUUUUGGGUCUGCUAGGCGGGCAGUGCAGGCGCAGCUCUCAGCACCACAGGGCUGGGGAUGGACAUCUCCAGUCCUGCCAGGCUGCACCACAAGAGUCGCCCUCAUCCUCCUGCUUUUAGCAGCAUCUCCCUUCCAGCCACCAGGCCCUCUGCAGGAGACGAUGUCAUCAGAACGUGGUGAGAAUCAGGCUCUCGUCCAGCUUGUGUGGCCUUGCCAUGGCCACGUGCUCGGCUUGGAACCUCCCGGGGCACUCGUGGCAGCACUCGGGUCCUGCCCACAGGAGCACCACUUGUCCCCAGACAAGAUGUCAGCACCUGUCAGUGGGCAGAGCACGUCCAGGGACGCUCUCCUGCUGCGAUGCUCUGCGUGCCUCGGUGUGCAUGGAAGUCCUGGAGAUGGGAGCAGGGUAGGAAAGAUGCCCUGGAGCGUGGCUUGGUCACAUCCAAAGUCAUCUGUCCUCCUUUCAGCAGGGAUAACCUUUACACUUCAUCUCUGGCUGCUCUGGGUCCUUGGUGAGCUGUGAUGUCCCGGCAGAGGCUGUGGGAUGCAGCAUGGAUGUGGAGUGGCGUGUGGGCCUUGUCAUUGUCAUUGCUCUUCCCUUAGAAGACGUCACUGCCUCUGGGAGAACAGCUUCCUCCUCCUCCUCCUCUUAAGACUUAUGAUGGGACUUCAUCCUCUUUAGCCAACUGAGCAGAACGUGCUGGUCUCCUUCUUGCCACGUGGACCUUGACCCUUCUUAUGUCCCCCAGCAAAUCCUGCUUUUCCUUUGGAUGCUUCAUUGGCUCAGGAGCCGUAAUUCUGAGGACUGGCACUUGCUAUUUGCAUUGGCUCAUUGGUGGCGUUGGGGACACAGGAUGGGCCCUUUCUGAUACAGGAUCGUGUUGCUGAGCAUUGGGAGGCUCCCCACGGAGAGAAGUUUUCUGCUGUACGUUUGCUCAUACCAAAAAAUCCUCUCUUGCAGCUUAGUGUCCUGCCUGGGACUAGUUAUUGAGCCUAGUAAGAGCACUGGAUUUCUUUGCCAGAAAGCUCCUGCUUCCAGGCUGAUUUCUUAACAUAGAGACCAGCUGUGCAGGUGGAGGGCACACAUGGAGCAGAUCAUCCCCAGCUUUUGACUUAGCAUCUGUAAAUACAUUAAUAUGAUAUUUUUUUUUUUUUAAGAAAGGGGUGAGGAUGGGCAGCAAGACACUGCAUGUGUUGGCAAAGCUCUGUGCUGAAGACAGGGAGGGUCCAGAGCUGCCCUUUCUCUGUAGUGCUCCAGCCCUAAAUCACCCUGUGAAGAGAGGCUGGUGGGGGAUAUUCUUAUUUAUACACAUAUAAAAAUAUUACUGCUGGUUAGUGGGGGGAGAAACAGCCCAGGAACACUUGUACAGCUCUUGCUCCUUUCCUGUAGACAUGUCCCUGGGCUAAGCAAGAGAUUAUAGAAACUUCUGGGCCACUUUUGUAAGUUCUUCACCCAAGGCACUGCACUGCAUCUCUCUGGUGAGGCAUUGCCAGGGAUCCUGCAGCAUCAGGAAUGAAGCUGGAUUUUUUCUUCUCUCUUUCCACUAUUUUUUUACCUUAUUGUACAGAAAAUGUCAGUCCUCACAUCACCCCCCUCCCUCUUUUAGGGGCUCCCGGAAACAUCUGUAAAAGGAUUUGAAUUAAGGAUUACCCAGACUCUGUAUGAUCAGCUCCAGGGAAUCAGCUGCUCAGAGGUUUCCUUUUGUUUAAUCCAUAUUGGCCCGGACCUUCAAAUUGCUUUAGAAAAGCAAAACAGGCAGGUUUGCUGAGGAAAAACAAACAAACAAAACACCCUGGCACUACCAGGUGCAGCUGAAAUAAAAGGUGUUGGCUGGCAGGAGAACAGCCCCAGGGAACAGAGAGAAGGACCACAGGGAACAUUGUGUGUGUGCAGGGAUGGGGGGACCAGCCACCACUGUCAGGGCUUCAGUGGUGUUUAAUAAGCCAAAUUAAUUAAUCUCAUUGCUGAACUUAUUGGUUGAAAAUACUUCUCUCUAAGCCAGGGGGUCUUUAAUGAACAGGUGGUGGUGUUCUCUUAUUCAGUAAAGGGAGAACCUGCAGCACCAAUAAAGAGCCAAAACCUGAACUUUUCCUGCAGAGAGCAGUGCUUGAAAAUAAGGUGGGGAGAGGGGCGUGCAGAAAAGCCAGCUGGGAGGCUUAUUACUCAUAGCAGUGGUCCUUAGUUAUCCUCUUUCUUCUUCCUGCUCCAGGCUUCAUCCGUCUUUUUGGAUUAAUCAGUAGUUAUUUAAAUAGGAAAGUGUGUGGGCAAGCUGCUGCAUUUUGCACCACUCCACACUAUUGAUAGCACUGACUUGGGUUUAGGAAAAGUCAAGUGCAGUGAAGGCACAGGCGUCUUCUCGUCAGCUCCAAGUAAUCUUAUUUUUUUCCUGAGUAAAAUUUUCCUCCCGUUUGCACCAUCUCCCCUGAACUAGACUGAAUCCUUCUUUAAAUUUCACCUUUUCUUUGCCCACUUAUUAAAAAAAAAAAAAAAAAAAAGAAGCAAGCUGUGUUCGUUUGCUUCAAAACCAGAAUUGUGUAGAACUGGUGCUGACUUGCAAACCAGAAAAGUCCCUUUUUUUUUUUUUUCUGUACCAGAGAACUGGGCUGCAGUAAAAGCUUCACCACCUCACACUGCAAAAUACGUCACUUUUGUACUGACUGUACUUGAUGGCACUUCCAUGAGACCUUUGCAUUUUUUGUCCUGGUUCAGAUACUCAGUUUGUUGUGGACACUCAAGCACACACACACUCGCUGUAGCUGGUCUUUGCUCUGUAAUUUUUUUCCAUUUUUUAAAGGAAAAAAGCUUUGUUAUUCUUCUCUUAAAAAAAAAAAAAAAAGGUAAUUUAAAACCUGUAUAGUGUUCCAAGCACGCAGUGUAAAUAUUUAUUCCUCAGCAAUUAGCAGAGGGUUCUCUUUUGCGACUGAGUUGUGGGUUUGAUUUUUAAAUCUUGUUCCACGUGCGGGUUGGGGAAGAAGCGAUGAGUGUAACGUGUCCAACCCACCCUGUCUUCCCUGAUAAACCAUUUCUUUGGGGUUUUAGGACUGUUAUAAAUAUAUUUUCAAGCCUUUUCUGCUGACCUACACCUUUAGUUUUGAAGGUACCUGUCCAAAGAUUGUGUACAGUCCCUUUGACCGCUGUAACCUACUUUGCUAUAAAUUUGGGGUAUUUUUUUUCCAUUCAGAGGACUCGGUAAUCUUGUGUUUGAAAGUGGCACCGACGCCGUGCAUGUGCAAACUGUUACCUGUUGUUAUAGAGAGCAGCAACAACUCCUUGGUGUGACACAGCUCUCCUUGCACAGUCACCUGGGGCUGUCACGGUGAGCACAGUGAGCCCCCGGAUUUGGGAGGCACCUGUAACACUGUGCUUCCUUGCUCAGCACAUCUGGGAUUCUCUUGGACUUCCCAAGGGAUCCACAGCCCCUGCUGCACAGACUCACGUCCCACAGCAGUGUGGUGGUGCAGUGUGUGUAACCUCCAACGUAGCUGUCCCUACAACGUAGUUACUCCUGAGCUGAACGUGAUCCUGUAGUACAAACCACUUUUUAGAAGAGGAUCCAACGUGCUGCUGCAGGAGCAGGGAGCACCAGGCUGGGAACAACGUGAGCCUGGCCUCAGUGUGAGGCUGCUAAAGAAACAGAGGGUGUGGGAUUUACUAGAGAAACCUGAUGAGCCAGACGAGUUGGUUCCAACUGAACUAACCCAGCUGGCCGUGAACUUGUAAAUAAUGGGUGCAAUUACCAUUGUUUUCUUCAUGCUUUCUUCACCCUGUGUGCAGGACGACAGGAACACUCACUGUUUGUUCUAAACUAGAGACAGUAAAGCAUGUAAAAUACUAGAGACCAUGGUAAGUAGAAAACAGGAAUGCUCUGGCUUUGGCCUGGGCCUACCCUCCCGGGUCCUGGAGUUCUAGGUGGCUUGAGAGUUUAAAAGAAUCAUUUGAAAGGAUAAAGGUUUGGGGGGACAGAAGGAAGCUCUGCAAGGCUGUGGGUGGUGUCUGAGCAGGCUGUUCAGGUACUUCACCACCCUAUGGAAAAAGAGCUUUGCCUUGGUUCUCUCAGAGAACAGUUUUACCCCACGACUGACCUGUAACCAGCGGGGACUCGUUCUGGGUUAACUCCAUGGUCUGCCACUUGUACAUGGAAAUGACCCGAAGGAAUUGUGAGCAAGGAGGGUGCAAGAGUCAUCUCUGUGAUGAGGGGAUGCAGCAGCCAGCCCUCCACCUCUGACCUGUGACGUGGCUGAGCAGCAAAGUGGCAUCAGAGCCCGGGCAGUGCUGGGAUGCUGCAGCCCCUGACCUCCCACACAGGGUAUUUUCCCUCUGCAAUGGGGAAGAGUGUGGGAGGCUCCUGUUUCUCAGUGUGCGUGAGCUCCUCUCUCCUUCCCUUCUCCCUUCCACUCCCAGUUUAUUUCAGUGCUUUUUUAAGAGCCACCGUUCCCCAUCGGCUGCUUGAUGUAAUAGACACAUCCCUCUUUCUCACAGUAUUUAUUCCUUACAAAACCUUGUGUGACAUGCUAGGCUCCCCUGGAUGUAGCUGAUCAUUUUUACUUUGUAAAUAUAAUUACCUAACUUUACAUUAACUAUAUCGUAAUAAACUAUUUUUGCACCA